AACUAUCACUUGGGAAGUACCAAUUUCAAAACAAACUCGUUCAAAAUACUGUAAAAAAUUGAUCGAACUUCUAUUAUAUAUAUUAUAAAAAAAUAAUGAUUGAAAUAGAGCAAGUGUCGAGCUUUUUCACACGAAAAUGUAUUGGAAUAAGUUUUUUUAUAUUAAUUCUUGUGGUAGUUAUAUUCACCUGGAUUAUGAUUUCAAAAGAUAAUACAUCGGUUCGUAAAACGGAAUCUACCACUCAACAUAUUCCUACUUUAAGUACAUGCGAAAUUAAUCCAUUGGGUACAUCAUUAACUCCUCUCCUAAUUAAAAAUAAUGCUAUAAUAUAUCCACAAUUUAGUAACGGGACAGUUGAAUUAUCUCCGUUUGAAGUACUAGAAUUUUCCUGUCCAUCUGGUAACGUAAUCGCUAAUGGUGUUACGUUCAACACUACAGUUAAAGCAUCUUGUCAUCAUGACGAUUAUUUCAAAAUAAGCGGAAUAACUUUUCAAUGGAAAACCGUAUCUUGUUCGAAGACUUUAACACCUACAAUAAAAGAAGCAUCUAUCAAUGAUUUACCUGAUAAUGAUUUUAAUGAAAUUUGUUACGACGAUUCGCUCAAAUUAGGAUUGAUUGGCUUCUAUUUAGAUCCCGAUAGAUUUGUGAAUAUUGUUAGUGUUUGUUUUAACACUACAAGUAGGGUAGCUCUUUAUUCUAACCAUGUUUUAACCAGUUCCAUAUCUAUUUUCGUAACAAACUCUGAUUUUAAACAAGAUGAUACUUUCUAUAAAAUGGGUGCUUCUAUUAAUACUAUUUAUACAAACAGUCAAAGUACCAUUAAUAGUAUAUUAGGAUUAGAGGAAAAUUCAACUGAGUAUAUUAACGAUGAUAUUUAUAUUAAUAGAGGUCAUCUGGCACCUAGAGCUGAUUUUUAUUACCCGUGCAUUCAAAGUGCAGUUCAAAGAUACAUUAAUGUAGCCCCUCAAUGGAAUACUUUUAAUGGGGGUAACUGGCAACAAGCUGAGAAAGAUGUAAGAAUUUACGCUCAUGACAAUAACGUCGAUUUACAAAUUUGGACUGGAACUUAUGGUAACAGUAUGCUAGAAGAACAAAAGUUGUAUUUAUAUACGUACAAAGAUUCUCCAGUUCUUCCUGUACCGGAAUUGUUUUGGAAAAUUGUUUAUAAUCCAGUAGACGCGACUGGUAUCAUUCUGAUUGGUCACAAUAAUCCUUAUCACGAUAAUUCUACGCUUACAGAUGAAAUUAUAUGUCGAGAUGUAUCUAGAAAUGUGGAAUGGUUACAUUGGGAUUCCGGAAAUAUUGAGAAAGGUUAUUCUUAUGCUUGUGAUUACAACGAUAAGAAAUUUCAUAACUUAGUAGAGUUUGUACCGAAAUUGAAUGUUAAAGAUUUAUUAUAUAAAUAUUUUGGUUACCUAUACCAUAUGUUCGAUAUCAAAAUGAUAUAUUUCAGCUUAUUUUUCACAUGGUUAUGUAUUUACCUCACCGACUCCACUUCAACAAAUUGUUCAAUUGAUCCUUUUAUCACGAACGCGCCCAUCUUUAUCCAUCCAGAAACCACAGAACUAAUUUACCCCGAACAUGGUCAAACUACGCUUGCGUUUACUAUUUUCUCGGUGAUAGAACUAGCUUGUCCUAGUGGAGAAGUAACUGUAGAUGGAGUUUCUAAAGGAAAUGUAGUGAUAGCUGUUUGUGCAGGUGAUGAUAAAUUUAAUGUAGACGGAGAUACAGUCACAUGGGAUCGAAUAAUAUGCUCUAAAGAAAUAACACCUACAGUUGUAGAUGUUACUGAUGUAGCACGUGAUUAUGAUAUGCACAAUCAAUGUUUCGACACCGAGGGAAAUUUGAAAAUCAUUCAAAUCGGUUUCACUUUGGAUACUAAUAGAUUUUUGAAUUUCAUUGAUAUUUGCUUCAGUACUGUUACUAAAAUUGCUGCAUAUUCUUAUUUUGUUAUACCAGCUUCUAUAAAUAGUAGAGCUAAGGGCGUCGUGAGUCCUUCAUUCAAACAAGAUGACAUUUUUUAUAAAAUGGGGAAGUCUGUUAAUCAAUUCUAUAAGGAUAGUCAAUCUACGAUCAAUGGAAUUCUGGGGCUACCAUCUACGUCCGAAGAAUAUAUUAACACAAGCACAUUCAUAAAUCGUGGACAUUUGGCUGCGAAAGCUGAUUUUGUAUACGAACCAUUCCAAAAGGGCACUUACAGAUAUAUUAAUGUCGCACCUCAAUGGAGUACAUUCAACGCAGGUAAUUGGAAUCAAAUGGAAACAGAUUUGAGAAACUACGCAGAUGCCAAUAAAUUAGAUUUACAAAUUUGGUGUGGCGUCUACGGAAUUAGCGAACUUCCGAAUGAUCAGGAUUCUGAAUUAGAAAAAUUAUAUUUGUACGUAGACGAAACCGAUAGCAAAAACUCUCCUAGUUUUCCAGUGAGUGAGGUUUUCUGGAGAGUUGUUUAUUCACCUGCAAACCAGAAAGCUGUGAUUCUUAUUGGACAUAACAACCCUUACGAAAGUGAAGUGGAGAUAUUGUGUACCACCGAUUUGACAGAUUCGAUAACUUGGCUCAAAUGGAAUCGGACAAAUAUUAGAAAAGGUUUUUCAUAUGCGUGUGAUUAUAAUGAUGACAAAUUUAGGGCAUUAGUUCCGGUAAUUCCGAAAUUAUAUGUAAACGGUUUGUUGGAGUACAUCCUUUUUAUAAUUUGUCUUGUAGGAUGUAUUAUAAAUCCUUUUCGUACCGGAGCUCCAUUUUUGAUAGACACAAAUACCGCAACUUUCAUCUACCCACAACCAGAAAAAUCGAUAGUGGAAAUUUCCCUUGAUGAUUACAUAGAAUUCUCAUGCCCCGGUAAGGAUAUAAUGAGAGAUGGUGUUUCGUUAGGAUCUCUAGUAAGCGCUAGAUGUAGCAAAGAAAAUAUUUUCAACAUAGAUGGAACAGAUACUAGUUGGGAUAAUUUGCAAUGUAGUACUGAACCAGUGCCUAUAGUAAGAGAAUUGAAAACAUACGAAUUAGAUGGCGAUAACCCGAAUGUUAAUUGUUUUAACGGUAAAGAAAAUAUUUUGAAAUUGCUACAAAUCGGAUUUCCAUUGAAUGAUCAAGUAUUUAUAGGAGUUGUGGAAGUAUGUUUCAAUAUUAAAGAUAAAGUACCUGUUUAUUCACAUUUUACCAUUUCGGCUUCUAUAAAUAGUAGAGAAAGAAACGUACAAAAUCCAUUUUUCGAACAAGAUGAUAAUGUAUAUAGAAUCGGUAAUAAUAUUCAUUACAUAUUCAAGAAUGGAAAAAUGACGGUUAACAAUUUGUUAGGAUUACCCUACGAUUCAGAAAAAUAUUUUAAAACACAUAUUUUUAUAAACAAAGGACAUUUAGCAGCUAAAGCUGAUUUUAUUUACGAACCUCUACAGAAAGCGACUUUCAGAUAUAUAAACGUGUCUCCACAAUGGAGUAGUUUCAAUGGUGGCAAUUGGAAUCAAGUUGAGAUUGAUGUAAGAGAUUAUGCCGCUAGAAAAAAACUAGAUCUCGAAGUAUGGACCGGCAUAUAUGGAAAUUCAAUAUUGAAGCACGAAGAAACACUCGAACCACGAAAACUUUAUUUAAAUUAUCAAAAUAAAGAUUCGCCGACGUUUCCCGUACCGGCAGUAUUCUGGAAACUUGUAUAUGAUCCUCAGAAUCAAAAAGGAAUCAUUCUUGUCGGUCAUAACAAUCCCUACGAGUCAAUAACUGGUGAAAACCAGAUGGUAUGCGACAUAGAUGUUUCUAACCAAGUGAAAUGGUUACGUUGGUCUAAAAAUAAUUUAGUUAAAGGUUAUUCAUACGCGUGUGAUUGGAACGAUAAAAAAUUUAGAACUUUGAUAGAUGUUUUACCACCAAUUCAUGUUAACGGUUUACUAGAUUAACAAUAAAAGUGUAAAUGUAA